AGUUUUUUGGAAUUUUUCUUUCCCCCCGGAAAUUAUUGGAGUUGAGCCUCCAGAAGCAUGUGGCAGCCGCGACGACGCAGGUGCUCGAAGGAGUGGUGUCUCCGCAAUGCCCAGCCGAAGCCCUCGAUUCCCCCCUUCAAGCCGGAGCCGACCCGCUGGGCAAAGCCGGGGCCCAUGAAUCUAGACGAUUGGGUGAACUUCUACAAGUGGUGCCAGGUGAAUGCUGCGCCCAUCGAGAGGCCACCCAUCAAGAAGGAGCCGCCGCCUCCGCCCACACCUGAGCGGGUACCCAGGAUGGCCGAGGCUCCGAAGGCACCGAUUGUGGGCUGGACUCGCUGCGAGUCGGGAGGGAACAGAGACGAGCAGGACGCCUUCAGUCGGCUGAGCAGUCCGCGUUGGCGCCGGGGAAAGUACCAGCCGCCGCCCCCGGAGGUGUUUGCCUACCGCCCCCGCCUCGCCUAUCAGCCGCGUCCAAUGCCAGAGCCGGGCAGACCGGCGAAUAAGAUAAAAGUGCCCUGCUGCUUCCAGCACGACGACGUGGAGUCCGAGUUCUGGGCCACCGUACGCUUUCCUGUCUCGAAGAACGCCCGGUCAACGAUGCCAUCGCGGAAGGACUGUGAGCUCUCAAGACCCAGGGCGGUACCACCGAAGCCCCACUGCCCACUACCGUCGCAAAAUGCCUACCUUAUGCCCAAGCGGAAGAAAAUGACUGCCCGCCAAUGGCGAGCCCAUCAACAGCGUCUGAAAAUCUUGGCCCAGCCAAGUGAGCGAAUUCUGGCGGAACUGCCAUGCUUCUGUGAUCGGUGGUAACCGAGGAAAGCUCAAAGAUCGGGUUCGAAGGAGCCAAAGGAUCAGCAUUAAUCCAUAGAGCAUAGAGCAACUGGAGAUGGAUGUCUAUGAUGCAGUCAGUUGAUUGAACUAUGGUUUAGGGCAGAUUGUUUUGGCCUUUCUUGAAAUUUAAAGUGACAGAAAAUAUAUUGUGUCGUGGAAAGAAGCAAA